UUACUCUCCCUUACUCUGAUCUCCUCCUAUUACGCAUGCGCGACCCCCCCUCCCCCACCCCGCGGGUGCGGCGUCCUUAGCAACGCGAGCGCCUGCGCAAACUCGCCAGGAGCCGGGCGCGAGGCAGAGGCGGGGCGCGCGAGCGGGAGCCCAGUGCGCCUGCGCUGGGAGCCAACGGUCUUGCUGUCGCUGUGGGUCUCGGGUAAGAGAGGCGCAAACAUGGAGCCGCCGGCCGGGUGUCCGGGCCCGGGAGCGGGAGAGCGGGCUCAGGGGGAGAAGGAGGAGGCGGCGGCGGCGGCGGCGGAGGAGGAGCAGCCGGGUGAGCGGCGGCGGCCUGAGGAGGAGGAGCAGGCGGGGCCGCCCGGGGGGGAGCCAGGGGAAAUGGAAUCUUGGCAGCCCCUUAAUGUAGAAGUGGACAAUUCCCACAACCUGCUUGCAUCUGUAGCCAGGCUUAAUAUGAGAAGGGAAGAAAGUGACCUCUCUGAAUUCCCUUCCAUGGAGGAGGGGAUGCUGACUGUAUCAGAAGAGGAUUCAAAGGAACAGACUGGAGGAGCUUCAUGUUCCCCAUUAUUAGCCAUUGAGGACACGAGUGGCUCCCCCUGUGUCCCUUUGCUGGCAUCAUCUCCAACCCACAAGGUUUGGAAUGAGACUCUGUUUGAGCAGAGCGAGCUGGAGUUCAUGCCUCUGAGGGGGAUUCCUGAUCUGUCUGAAGUUUCAGAAUUGCAUUCCAGACGGUCACAAGUCAGUGAAGCCUUGUUUCCGUCCUCCUCCUCUGAAGGGCCCUCUGACUUCUGCAACAGCUACUCCGGUGCAUAUCCUUGUAAGGCAGUCGGGAUCAGCACUGUCGCUUCUUAUGAUACCAGCGGUAUGUGUCUACGUUAUCCUCGUCAACAAGUGUGUAUUGACGUGAACGAAAAGUCUGCUUCUUCACCUGAUGCAUGUGAUGAGUUUUCCAGAUCACGUGGAGCAGACAGCGUUGAAACUCUUGCUUCUCAUGUGUCACUCAGGAGGCGGGAAACUUCCCAGAAGCCAGAAACGUUUCCAGCCACACUGGGCCAGAGCAUGCUUGAAGGUGAUGGCCCUUCUCCUUUGGACUGCAGACUUUCAAAUUCUUCCCUCCUUCCUUGCUUAGAGAAAAAUAGACUAGGUGUUUCUUCAUUUUCAGAUCGCUCUUUUUGUGAGAGUUUUAAUUAUAAGAACCUAGAAGAAUAUAAGCUCAGCCCCAAGCUUGAUUGUUUGAAAUCAGAUGAAGGCAAAGUUAAAAGGCUGGAGGAUGUAUGCUGUCCACCUUUUAAAGGAGAGCUUUCUUCUAAGUUUAUGUCGCAUUCCUUGUUCCCUGUGUCUUCACAAGGCCAGCCUGUGCAGAACUCUCUAGCUUCUGACGUGAAUACUGCAGAAUUGUCAGCACACGGCGACUGCACUAGAACGGGGUUUUCUGGUGUUGUUUCGUUCUGUUAGAUUUAAGUUGGAUGACCUGCC